AGAAAACGCGCAUGAAUACAUUUAAAACUUUUGAGUCUCGUAAAGUGAUAUUCGACCUUAUUUAAAUACGUCAUAAAUUUUCAAAGAGAAACUGAUGUUGACUGGAACGAGGAGUACUAGUAUCUGAAACUUGGUUCAUAUGAUGGCACAGGAACAAGGAAAAACUAAAAUAACGGAUCUUCAGCAUCUCAUCACGCUUACAAGUUCGGACAAUAUGUCCAUGCACCAUUUAAAAGUCAGUCGAGGCUUGUAUGAUCACCAUUACAUUUUGCUAGGGCACAAGUGGGAGGAUGAAGCCUGUGAAAUAAUACAUUACACGGUCAACACAGACUUAAAUGUGAUUGGCAAAGGAAUCGCAAAGAAAGAGAUGCUAUCUAGAGAACAGCUCAAAGCCGACAUCGAGAAAGAAUUAUAUAUUAUAAACAAUGAUGCAUAUCCGAGAAAUUCAGAGGCUAUUGCAACUGCCUGGAGCAGAUGGCGAGGGAGGGAGGGAGAAACAAGGUACUAUGUCUCAGCUAGCAACUGUGAGAAUCUUGUGACGUACAUAUUGACAGGAGUUUCACAAUCAGAGCAGUGGAACCUGGCUGGAUUUUUCAAAAGGGCCUUGGGGGACUCUAUAGAUGUACUCAUUUGCGAGUGGCUAGAAACCUUGUUAAAGGGAUGUGCAAGCAUCUUGGUUUCUCCGUUGCUCAGACGUCACUCUAAAAAAUUCGCAACUGAAAUAAAUGAAAAACUAAAAGCAAGAAAUUGGGCAUCACGAGCAGCAGUAAGAUUCAUAAAUAUUUUCCGACAAUCGCCAAUGACACGUGUACCAAAAUUUCUUAAAAAUUUCGUAGAAGGAUUUAGAAAACAGCACGGAAUUAAAACAGAAGAAAUCUAUCACAUUGAUAGAUUUAUGUACGAAAUUUCAGUACAGUUUUUAAUUCUCGGUGUCAAAACUGUGGGAUACUCAUUCCUCUUUUCAAUUAUUUUGGAAUUCAUAAGCUUUUUGUCCAUAAUCAAAUUUCGGGAAGACAAGAAGAGAGGUCUAAUCACGAAUCCCGUUUAUAAAAGAGAAUUAGUCAAAAGAAUGAUCGCCAUGAUGUGUGCCUCAGGUGGUACUGUCUUAGGAUGUCUGUUGGGUUUUCUGUUCACAACAUCUUUAUGGAAUGGCCCAUCUGUUCUUGGAUUUCUAGGAAAUAUUUUAUUUCGACUCCUAGGAAGCGUUACUGCUGGAGCUGUAGUAGAUUGGGUCAGAAUUGGCUAAAAUUAUUCUAAACAACGACUAAUUCUCUUUUGCAGAAUAGAUAUUAAAGCAAUAAGACCGCAGGCAAGGCAUCAUAUUGUGUCAAUAACAGUUACUGUCAUUAUUAUGUCCCCUCUAAAGUGUGGGAGGGUGGGUAGGUGUUUAACUUCCUAAAGAUAUCGCUACAUAGUAAAUCAGUGUUCAUAGUUAGCAUUAUAAUAUAGUAUAGAAAAAGCAUGUAGACGUUUAUAUGUUCUACGAAUGUUAAAACACUCCCUUUGUCGAGAUGCGUUAAUAAAAUUAUAUAUGUCCUUUAUUAGACCAAAUUUAGAAUAUGGUGACGUUGUUUGAGGUAAUUGUAAUGAAAAGGAAUCAUCUUUACUGGAAGAAUUUCAGAUUAC